AUUAGUUAAUAUUGUAGUUAAAAAAAAAAAAAAAAAAAAAUCCCAUAUCGGAGAAGACAAUCACCGGCGGAAACAAAAGGCAAUGUUUCUAAGAAGAGUCACCGUCGGUGCUACGAAACUCAAUGUUGCUCCGGCGAAUGGGCGGUUCCUCCUCCGUCACAUGUCUUCUCGGUACGGGUCCACGGCGGAGGAAAGAGAGGCUCGAGCUACUUGGAUUAAGCAGCUGAACGACCCCAUGGAGGUCGUUGCUCCGGAAGUGGUAGACAUCAUUGAGCUUGAGAAAGCUCGUCAAUUCAAGGGUCUUGAAGUUAUAGCGUCAGAGAAUUUCUGCUCAAGAGCAGUGAUGGAAGCAAUUGGUUCGAUUAUGACCAAUUCAUCAAGUGAUGGAUAUCCCGGUGCCAGAUACAGUGGAGGAACUGAGUACUUGGACAUCAUUGAAAACUGGUGCAUGGAACGUGCUCUAGAAGUUUUUCGUUUGGACCCUGCAAAAUGGGGAGUUAACGUGCAGACUCUGACUGGAUCCAUAGCUAACUUUCAGACAUAUACUGGAUUAUUAAAACCUCAUGACAGGAUAAUGUCUCUUGAUUUACCACAUGGUGGACAUCUUUCUCAUGGUUAUCAGACGGCUACCAAGAAAGUUUCUGCUGUUUCAUUAUUCUUCGAGACAAUGCAUUAUAGGUUGGAUGAGAAAACUGGUUACAUUGACUAUGAUGGGAUGGAGAGAAGUGCAUCUUUGUUUCGACCAAAACUCAUUAUUGCUGGUGCAAGUGCCUAUGCUCGACUGUUUGAUUAUGCACGAAUUCGAAAGAUCUGUGACGAACAUAAGGCAAUCAUGAUGGCAGACAUGGCACAUCUUGCUGGUUUAGUUGCAGCCGACGUUAUUCCAUCUCCUUUUGAGUAUGCUGAUAUUGUGACAACAACCACAAAUAAAUCCUUACGUGGACCACGAGGAGCUAUGAUUUUCUUCCGAAAGGGCGUUAAAGAGAUCAACAAAAAAGGAGAGGAAGUGCUCUAUGACUAUGAAGACAAAAUUAAUAACGCUGUCUUUCCUGGUGUUCAAGGUGCCUCACACAACCAAAAACUAGCCGGUCUGGCGAUUUCACUAAAACAGGCAAUGACUCCGGAAUACAAAGCCUACCAACAGCAGGUUCUCAGGAAUUCUUCAAAACUUGCUCAGUGUUUGAUUGAGAAGGGGUAUGAACUUGUAUCUGGUGGAACUGAUAAUCAUUUAGUCCUUAUAGAUUUGAAAAAUAAGGGUAUUGAUGGGUCAAGAGUUGAGAAGGUUUUGGAAUGGGUUCGUAUUGCAUCUAACAAGAACACAGUUCCAGGGGAUGUAUCUGCCGUGAUUCCUGGUGGCAUCCGCUUGGGAACUCCUGCUUUGACAUCGAGAGGCUUACUCGAAGCAGAUUUUGCUCAAGUAGCUGAAUUUUUUGAUGAAGGUUUGAAGUUGGCCUUGAAGAUUAAGGCUGCUGAACCUAAAGGCGCUAAGUUUAAGGAUUUCGAGAAAACCAUGAAAUCAAAUAAAGAAUUUCAAUCUGAAAUUUCAAAGCUCCGACGCGAGGUUGAGGAGUUUGCCAUGCAGUUCCCAACAAUAGGCUGUGAUAAAGAGACAAUGAAAUAUUGAGACGGAAUAACGGAGUCGGAUAUCUUCAUUGUUAAGGUGGCUGGCUCCGACCCUCGAGCAAAUAUCCUUUUAAAAUGAUGCCCAUCGAUCCAUAGAUUUAUAUGUUUUCACUUAAUUGAUGUGUCUUUUUUCGUUUGAAGCUUCCUAAAUAAAUGUUCAUCUUUUUACACUCUUGAUAUUAAAAACAACCUAUAACCAAAAUAAUACUUGAGAUAGAAUUAUUUUC